CUCAACACACACGCUCUGUCAAUAUCCACGUUGCAUGUGAGACCAGUGUAUUUCUUGUAAAAUGCCUUCUUCGGUGGACGCUGAAGCCCCCCUCGUCCCUCCUCUUCACUCUCUUAAAAACUCUUCAGGUUUUUCCAACUGAGCGAUUCAGGCUGAGGCGGGCGCAACCGCACUAGAAGGAAAGUGAAGUCGUGUUGGACUGGCGCGAUAUCCUCGCACGGUUCACAACUAAAAGAAGACCUGACGCGCGUUUAAUCAUGUUUCUAAACGAUGGAAUAUGCUGAUUUUGAAAGUUGACCAGGGAUUUCUAAUUGUGGGGUGUUUGCGAGGGAUGGCUUUCCUUUUAACUUGCUUAUUUCUGGCUUGUGCAAGCAGUGUUUGGGGAAAUAAGAACGGUGACACCAGUAUCUAUUUGGAUAACAUCACGCGCAUAUUGGAUAGAUUACUGGAUGGCUAUGACAACAGGCUGCGACCUGGAUUUGGAGGUCCAGUUACAGAGGUCAAAACUGACAUCUUUGUCACCAGCUUUGGACCUGUUUCAGAUGUUGAGAUGGAAUACACCAUGGACGUGUUCUUUCGUCAGACUUGGAUCGACGAGCGGCUAAAAUUUGAGGGCCCCAUCGAGAUCCUGCGGCUCAACAACCUGAUGGUCAGCAAUAUCUGGACACCCGACACCUUUUUCCGGAAUGGCAAGAGGUCGAUCUCGCACAACAUGACCACCCCCAACAAGCUGUUCCGCAUCAUGCAGAACGGAACUAUCCUCUACACCAUGAGAUUGACUAUAAACGCUGAGUGCCCCAUGCGUCUGAUGAACUUCCCGAUGGAUGGCCACGCCUGCCCACUCAAGUUUGGGAGUUAUGCCUACCCCAUCAGUGAGAUUGUGUAUACCUGGAAGAAAGGUCCCAUGUCUUCUGUUGAGGUGCCAAAGGAAUCAUCCAGUUUGCUUCAGUAUGACCUCAUUGGUCAAACAGUGUCAAGUGAGAGGCUAAAGUCCAAUACAGGUGAAUAUGUCAUCAUGACCGUCCACUUCCACCUACAGAGGAAAAUGGGCUUCUUCCUCAUCCAGACUUACAUUCCCUGCAUUAUGACUGUCAUCUUGGCCCAAGUCUCAUUCUGGAUUAAUAAGGAAUCCGUUCCAGCUCGGACUGUGUUUGGGAUCACCACUGUUUUGACCAUGACAACACUCAGUAUCAGCGCUCGCCACUCCCUCCCAAAAGUAUCCUAUGCCACAGCCAUGGAUUGGUUCAUCGCUGUUUGCUUUGCCUUUGUGUUCUCCGCCCUGAUUGAGUUUGCAGCGGUCAACUACUUCUCCACUCUUCAAGCUAACAGGGAGCUGAGAAAGGCGGCGGCCAUGAAGGCGGCGGCUCAGGAGGCAGCAGCUGCAGCUGCAGCAGCUCCGGCUGCAGCCACAGGGAACGAUACGGAGGUUUCAUCAGUGGAUGCCAGCAGUGUUCUGAAGAAGAGGAUGAACUCUGCCCCAAUAUUUGACCGCCCUGCAAAAACAUUUCCCAACCCACCCGUCAAUGCCCAAGCCUUCCUGCAGCAGGGUUCAGCUGUACCGGCCAACAACGUCCUGACUGGCACCAGCAUCAUAGACAAAUACUCCCGCAUCCUCUUUCCCCUUUCGUUUGGCGCCUUCAACCUGGUCUACUGGAUCGUCUAUCUCACCAAGGACACCAUGGAGAUGUCCAGGGACACCGUCUAAGCCAAGAGUUCGACUCAAGUGCACAGGAACACACAGGAACACAUACAUAUAUAUGUAUAUAUAUAUAUAUAUAUAUAUAUAUAUAUACUCAAUAAAUAGAUGACAAACGUUUGCCAAGCAUUCUUUUAUGCCGCCUCAGUGCAUUGUAUUUCUUUUUAACUCCCUCGGAAAGUGAGUGUGUUCAGAGCAGAUGAACCAGCUCCAAUUGCCAACUUGACCCAGGAGCUCACAGCCUGUGUGCCCCAGGUUCUGGAAACGUUUCAAACAGGUAUUAAAUCUCUCACUGUUUCCCUCAUUUCUUUAUUUCUCUUCGCCAAUAUUUAAAAAAAAAAAAAAGCCACACAUGAUGACACUUUUUCUGUAUCUGUCUUGAUUCCCUGCUCAAGUCUAUGGGGCAAGAUGUAGCUUGCUAGGCUAGCUAGGCUGCAGAGCCAGGGGGCAGAGCCACGACUUUGUUCUUCGUAGUUAUUUCUGUGUGUGCAACAUGCAUGCAUUUCCACACAUGAGAGUGAUUUUGCAUGAGUUGAAUAUAUCCCAUUCCCUAUAAUGAUACUUAGGACACACAAGGGGGAUGAGUGCUCUCUCUUUCCUGACUGGAUACAUUGUGACUGACUGACUGACUAGCAGGAACUCUCUCACUUCCAGCCCUCCUCUUUCUUUCCACUCCUCAUUUUCUUCCCACAACACCCAUUUGCAAUCGCCUUUUUUUUUUUUUUUUUUUGGUUCAUUGGCUCAAUUUCCCUCCGCUGAUGGAGUACAGAGGAUGUGGAGCACAAUCUUUAAAGUGUUUUUAUGGUGUGUUCCAAAUAUGCAUUGCCCUGGUUGAACAUUCACUUUGACAUGCAGAUUCAGACAGAAAAGAAAAAAUAUCAUGUCAAACAUUUAAAAAAAAAAAGAACAUGCACACAUACUAGAAGCUUACACUUAAAGUUUGGAAUGUUUUCCACAUUGACAGGGUUGCUUGCCCUAGAUUUAUUUUAAAAAUAUGAAAUGUCAGUGCAUAAUUUAAUGAUAAGUACGGAAUGAGUUGUCAAAGUCUAAAGCUGUGAUAUGUCUGGUAUUUUUUUUUAACCCAGAAACACCCAAAACCUGCCUCCAGCAAUAGAAUAUACAAGUUGUACUAGAUAUUUAAUGUUUGCUGGAGGAAUCAGUUUAAGCUGCAAAAUGUAUGACACAAAACACUUCAUUGCAACCCCAUUAGAUGUAUCCACAUGGAAGAAAAGUGUGACAAACAUUGACAAAAAAAUUAAAGAAAUAUAAUGAUAUAUAUAUAUAUAUAUAUAUAUAUAUAUAAAGAGAGAGAGAGUUCAUCCUCUGCUGUACAUAUACUUGUGAGCAUCUCACACAGUACAGACUUCAUGUAUCCUAGUAACAAAUGUUCAUUCCCAGGAGCUGAUUAAAGCCUUUAUGUGCUAACACUGUUAUCAUCUUCUUGUUUAUUGUUGCUAUUUAUUGUAGUCAUUUAAUUGAAGUAAAGGACUCCUACACUGGUUGCCAAUUAAUUCUGGAGUCGACAGCUCUGGCAUCUGGUUUUCAUUAUGAAAGCAGCAAAAAAUAGAAACCUAAACCUAUCAUCAUCAAUUAUUCCAAAUGCCAAAAAACGUAUUCAUUAAUAAUCCACUUGUGUGGAUUUGCAUACGAUUACACACCAUUUCCAAUUAAGCAGAGAGGGUAACACGUUUAAGCCAUGUGGGCUUCUAUAUAUAAGCUGAUGUGUGUUUGCCUCCUCAUGACAUCCAUCAUCCACGAGGAUGUUCUCAUUAAAGAGUCUCUUAAUAACACAGUCAGCUUGUGAAGUGAUAAAGCUGCCCACUGCAGCAAAAGGUUACCCUAGUCUUGAAAAGAAAAAUGGACACUUCCUCUGGUGGUUUUGUUGAUAUUUCAUUUUUAUGAAAAUUCACACAAAAUAACUGUUUAAAAAAAAUGUGCAAAUGUGAAGUUACUGAGGUGAUAUGACUUCCUGGUCCUUUAAUAUUGUCUUAUGUUUAUUUAUUUUUUAUUGCCAGUUUGUAAGGAUGCUCUUUGUUUGUUGUAUAUAUUUAUGUCUUUGUUAUGAGCACUUUCAAAGGACCAACAUAGGAAGCUCCGUUCAACAAAAAUGACAUUAUAGAUCAAUAAUGCAUGAUUAAAACGUUGCAUCAUGAACUUUUUAGAGAAUCAAAAUAUGCAAUGCAAUAAAAAAUGCAAUAUAGCCUCUGGUCGGACUCCCAGGGUUUGGAUCCAAUGCUCUGAACUAUUUUCUGAAGAAGCUAAGCUUUCAAGUCGCAAACAAGAAGCUCUAUCGCCAAACAAGAACAUCAGCAUUGGACUUUUGUGCAAAACCUCGGAUGACAUCCAGUGCCAAGGAUUUUUGAAAAUUGUUUUCUACAAUAACUGUGCAUGGGAACUAUGGUUUGAAAAAUGUAACAUUAGGGUUAGGCUAUAAAACAUCAUAAGGUUAUAUCAUUUAACCUGCUAUGUUUGGACUUAAGCUUUGAAAAUUUAAAAUGUGGGAAUAAGGCCUAACAUUGAUAAUUAUGGACUCAAAAGGAUCAUUUGAAGGCCUGUUGAUGCAUGUUUUCUCCCAUCUGUGCACCACAGGACUAAAUGAGCAGAGGUGUCAGACUGUAUGAACUGUCUUUGCAUCCUCCCACUUCCUCUUCUUCACUCACCACCCUCCUCCCCCUUCUGCCUUUGAGCCAAAGGCUAAAGAGAGAGGCCAUUUCAGCCCUUAUUGCCCUCUGUGUCAGGCUACAUUGUGGAAAAAAACCUGACUGCCAGUGAACUCGGACUGCUACAAAACUGCUGGCUCAAACCCAACGGAGAACCAGAACACCAGUGACCCUCCUAUUGAAUAAACUCCUGUCAAAUCAAACAGAAAUAUGGAUGUGUGCACGUGCGAGUGCUAGUGUGAGCAUUUAAAAAAAAUGACUUAAAUCAUUUUCUUUAACCAGUGACCCGAUUGAUCUGCCCUCUGAUCCCCAGCCUAGCUGCUCAGCUCCAUCACUCCGUCCUGAGAACCACAAUUGCAUGACCUCAGACGUUUUAUGUGCUUGUUAGGGUUGUUGAAUGUAAAAGGUUGUGAACUCCAUAGAAUGUAGAAUUCUAUCGCUAUGGUGACUGCGGCCACAAACUGCCCUUUUGUCGUUUUGUUUCAUUCCAGACCACAGGCAUGUGCUUUAUUCAUGUUUUCAUUUAGCCAGUGUUGACCUAGAAAUUGUAAAACACAAUUUAGAGACAAUGAAAGCUAUACAUUGUCAUUUUAUUUGUAUAUUUUGUGAAUACAAUCGGUUAUUUCUGUAGGUUGGUAUUUAUAUUCCAACUGUUUGACCCUGCUUGAUGAUCAGCUGCACCACAUUAACCAUUUGUACUGAUUUGUAUGACCUCAACUUUUGUAUUCAAGCGAUUAAGUUGCUCUAGACUUGCCCCUUUAUUAGUUUUUAGUGUCAUGAGAGUGGCUGUUUUUAUUGAAAAACAAAACACUAAUUGCAUAUUCAGGUAAUUUGUCCCCUGUUAAUAAAUGAACCGCUACACACUUUCCCCAGCAGAAUGUAAAAUAUAUGUUCAAUAAAGACAGAAUAUGUACAUAUAUACAAACAGAA